UUUUUUAACCAAUUCCUCAUAGCUAUUUAAAACUUAUCCGAAGUUUCCAACAUUUGACUCAUCUCUUAGUGUAGUUCUGUUGAUAUAUCUAUUGAUAAUGGACUGGUGGUAAAUAAAAUAGGAAUGACCUUUGAUCACUGGGAAAUAGGAGAAGGUAGAAUCUGCAAGGGCGAGUAAUCUAUCUUGAGCUUCCUGCAUGACUGGUGAUAUGUCUAUUAAUAAAACCCCCCUGCUAUCUAUUCUGCCAUCUUUCAGAACUUUUUUUUUUUUUUGGUAAAAUGGUAUGAGAUUAUUGUCUAAAUUACUCUUUUCUAAAUUGCCACCUAUUUAUUACAGUACUGCUUAUUGGAUAGGUGUUUCUCACCCACCAAUUUUAUAGUGUCUGCAUGACCCAGGGUCUUAUCUUUAUACUAUGGUGGCAGCAUACUAUAUGUGUUCUGGAGUCAGGCUGACCCGUGUUUCAAUCCUGGCUCUCCACUUCCUAGCUAACUGACUUUGGAUUUGCUGUUUAUCCUGUCUGCACUUGUGCUUCUUCAUGCAUAAAAUAGGGUGGUAAUCCUAGUUAUCAUAGGAUUGUGAGGACAAUUCCAUGCAAAGGGUUAACACGUUUUAAAAAGGUGCUGCAUUAUUAUAUUAUUGUCAGGUAAUCUUGAUGAAAAAUUGUUCUAUAAUGUGAUAUGUUUUUUUCCACAAGUGAAAGCAAUAAACAUAACCAAAGAAAAGCAGUAUUUGGCAUGGAAAUGAGUCAUAUCAAGAAAAAGCUCAUUAAACUAGGUUACCAUAUUUUUUUUUCUGAGCUCUUGCAAGCAUAGCUAUGACUUUGUUGGAGGGUGUAUGUUAGCUCUGUGGAAUUAAAUUCAUGGAGGUGAGUGAAAUGUUGUAUGAGCCUGCACAACUUAAGAUUUAAAAAAAAUUCCCUGAAUUCUACCAGGUUCUUAGAUCCAGGUUUCCUUGCCUUUCAGCUGCCAGCUGCUUUCAGUCCAGGGCCUUUGUUCCUCAUGUCCUCACUUCAUCUUCAUACCUGCCUUCAUUCUUGCUUCUGGUCACAGUCAUGGGGCUUCCUUGGUUUGUUCUGCUCUUACAGACAUUAGGCUCCUUUUCGGGGUUUGUUUUCUUUUUCACACUAUCAGCAAGUGCCCUUGCCUAACUCCCAAAUGUAUAGGGGACAGAAGUAGCAGCUGGCCGCAGGGACACUGAGAAGGUAGAAUGGGAGGCUUGGGAAAGAAGGGGAGGCCUCUGGCCUGUGCCCACUCGCCUUCUGGUUCUCAGUUCUUCAGCAAAAGCUUUGGAAGAAGAGGGGAGGCACGCACUGCCUGUAACCUAAAAUGAAUGUUUUUUCUUUUUCAGUCCUAACUUAAACUGGAUUGUUUUUCAACUCUGGCCUGUCCCUUGGUUGGCAUCUCUCACAUUCCAAUACCGAUAAGAAACAGUUUUCAAGAAAUAUUUCCAUGUGUCCAUAGCAAACAUAAUUGGGAGGAAGACAUAGAAGCGGUGGAGGUCGGUGGCUGUUCCAGGAUGAAAAUUGUUACAUUUUAUGCGUAGGGCUGUCCCUAAGCAAACAGAAAUGAGCCAGAAGACAAAUGAGAAUAUAAAAAGGUAUACCCAAUUUUUUCAAAAGCCCCAGAUACCCAUUCAGCCUUACAUUUGUUCGACUCUGAAUGAUUUUCAACAAGAGAGAGACUUCUUGGCAAAAAACAUCUUCCCUCAGCUUAAUGAACUCUGCAAUUCCUGGGGCACAUAUUUCAAAGCCGUGGACCUGAGUUGGUCAGCAUUGAAGUCUCCGAAAUCCUUACCCACCCACCUAUUUAGACAGUAUUCUUGUCUUCACUCCCAACAGCUGAUGCUCUGUCUGGACUAUGUGAACAGCUGCUUUCCCUUUUUCAUCUGCUUGCUGGGUCAGACAUACGGAGACUUCCUCCCUGACUACUCACAUUUCAUGACCUCCAAAGUGACUCACUUGUCAAACUUAUCCAAAGUAGAACAGAAUCUCUAUGUUGCUGCAAAAAAUGGUUAUCCUUGGGUUCUGGAGAAUCCCAACUGCAGUCUGACGGAGUUUGAGAUAAUCCAAGCAGCAUUUCUGAAUGAACCUCAAUUUCAGUAUUUUUACAUUAGGACUGGAGCCACCCUGCUGAAGGGUUUAGAUGAUGAGGAAAAGGAAGAGAGGCUGCCCUCGAGUUCAUUAAUGAAUGAAGAGGAGAAAUUGAGGAUUGGAAAGCUUAAGGCCAAGAUUAUUAGUAAAGGGCUCCCUGUGAGAUUUUACAGUGAUCUCCACCAGUUGGGUGAGCUGGUUUUCAAGGACUGGUCAGUUGUGAUAGAAAAGCUUCAUCCAGCCACUGUAAUGAUUGAAAAUAUAGAUUAGCAAAGUGUAGAGAUAACUAAGUCCGUUAUCAACAUAAAGGUAAUAUUUUUGUAGUUCUUCCUUGUGAAAGGAAUUUUUAAAUGAUUGCAAAUAUUCCUUAAACAUUUAAAAAUUAUUAUUAUGUUCUUGUGACAUGUAUUUCUCCACUUUGAAGAUUUUUGCAACUGAAGAUAAGAGCAAGUAAUGAGUCAGUCAUGGAAGAUUUUUUAGGGAGUUAAGGAAGUCAGAGGAGACCCAAAAUAUCUGCAGUUAAUAAGUGAGUCUAGAGCAAUCGUUCUCAAACACAGCUAAUUUUGCUCCCUCAAGGGACAUUUGGCCAUGUCUGAAAACAUUUUUGGUUGUCACAAUUGGGGGAGAGGUACUGGCAUCUAGUGGGGAAAGGCCAGGGAUACUGACAAGCAUCCUACAGUGCACAGGACAGCCCCAUAAUAAAGAAUUACCCAACCAAAAAUGUCAAUAGUGAUGAGGUGGAGAAAUCCUCAGCUAAGAGGAAGAGAAUCAACUUUUAUUAAUUUUUUGGUGCUUUGGUUAUUUUAUUACAUUUAAUCUUCAAGGUUUAACCCUGCAAGUAAGUAUUAUAUUAUAAUUCCGAUUCUGCAGAUGAGCAAAAGAGAGCUGCUGUGUAGCAGUGAAGUGGCUUAGUAAUGCCACAAAACUAGUGAGGGACCAAUCCCGGAUUUGAAACCAGUUCCCUCUUACUCUAAAAUCUGUGCCUGCUCUCUUUCACCUUUUUAAUUUAAUUGUGAUUCAUGGAUUGACAGCCUCAGCAUCACCUGGGAGCUUGUUAGAAAAUAGAAUCUUGAGCCCCAUUUCAGGUCAACUGAAUUAAAAUUUGCAUUUUAAAAGAUGACCAGGAGCUCUACAUGUACGUUAAAGUUUGAGAAUCGUUGCCUGAUCAUAUUGCCUCUAAAUGAAAUGAUUACCAUUAUUUUGGGAAAUAAUGUCCUGUGGACAUGUACCAGAUUAAAAAGGGAAGAGUCUGUCACCUAGACAGACUUCAGGAGGGAUCUGUGAUGAUUCUAUGAAAAAUAGAAUAUAUGAAAGUAAUAUGAAAUUGUAUGAAAAGUAGAAUGUGUAUAUGCCUGUGUGUGUCUUGGGGAUAACAAGAUGGCCUGUGUCCUUGAUCAUAUUCUCAGAAGGCUAGCGACCCAAAAAAGGUUAUGAAUUCCGGAUGAAAGGGCCCAGUUAACAUAAGGAUGCAAAAUGCUGGCAGGUGGUGCAUUCUCAAAUGCUUUCAGGGACCAGGCACACAGUAGUCCCUGUAACGUGAUAGGGAGCAGAUGGAUCUGUACUGAACAGGAGAAUCAUUUGAAUUCAGUGUGGGUGGUGGUGGUGAAGACAAACCUCUGCAGGCUAGACAAAACUCUGCCUAGAAGCCAAAUCAUCUGGGCCUGGAAAAAGAACAUUGUAUCAGUCUCAACUCUUUUGGUUGCAAGUGACUCAAACCGAUUUCAACAAAAAGGGAAUUUAUUAGCUUAUAUAACUACAAAGCCCGAGAUUAAGUCUGAUUCAGCUCAAGCUUCAUUCAUUUGCUCAAAUGAUGUUACCAGAUCCUUUUCUCUGACUACUCAACCUGGCCCUGCUGUCCUGAUGUUAGCUUAUCGCCUUGGCUCCUCUAUUGUGAAGGCAGAGGAAGAUGGGCCAUAGCAGCUCCAGGUUCAAGUCCAGCAGAAAUGGCUCAAAGUCCUAGCAUUCCUAACACUGAGUCUUUCUGGCUCUGAUUAGUCUGACCUGGGCCAUAUGCUUGCAUCUGAUUCAAUCACUGGUGCCGAGGGAAUGUGAUGCUCUGAUUGGCUAGUUGGACCUGGAAGUGGAGUUAGACUCAUUGGAAUUGUAUGAACUGAGAUUUGGGUUGGGUAGAUCCCCAGUGAUAAUCUAGGGCUGUUACUGAAACUAGGGGAGGGUGGUUGGAUGUUGAGCAGCCAGAAAGAACCCACAUAUUUAUAACAGGCUUAGGGUUUUAGAAUCCAACAGACAUGUCCUUCAGUAUUGUGUUUUUCAGCUCCUAGCUAUGUGACCUUGAAUGCGUUACUUAGCAUUGGUAAACCAUAGUUUUUUCUUCUGUAAAAUGGGUUAACAGCCACUUUGAGAGUAAUUAUCUAAACCACUAAAAACAGCACCGGGCACAUAUCAGGCACAGAGUUAAUAACUAGUGAGGAUGAAUAACAAGUGGGUUCUAGAGGAAUAUAUACAUUUGGUUAAAGUCAGAAACAUGAUUAACAUUAAUAUUCUUUUAGUCAUAUCAACCCGAACUGCCUCUGUUGAUUAAUAUCCACUAAUGUGUUCAAGAAUGUAGCCUUUCUGUGUUUUGGGGUUAAGGUCAUAUUAUUGCUCUGUAACAUUCUUAGUCUUUGAUUUUGGAUAUCACUGAAAGGUUAGCUUGUUUUAGACUUUAUUCUUGAAUGUAUAUAUGUGGUCUAAAUGUCUGAAUUAGAAGGCAUGGCAUGGAUGGAUUAUUUAAAAAAUAAUCCUUCCUUCCAUUAGAAAGAAGUCCUAAAUUCAUUCUUUUUUGGAUCUUCAGUGCUCUUGAAUCACCUAGGUAGCUCCAAACUCUCCUAGUCCGCAGUUAGGGUAGUGAUAGGCCAUUUGGGCAGCUGGUAGUUAUUGUAAGACAAUAUGGAACUAUCAGUUUACACUCUUGACCCAUAGAAGUACUUCCGAGGUCCUUGGAGAUCUCUGAGACUAGUGCACGAGGUUCAGGUUUAGUGCAAGAGGACUUAGACUGUGUGGUCAUCCAAAUUCUGUUUAAGAUCUUGAAACUCAAAGCUGACCUUGGCCAGCCUGUGGAUCCUCCAGGUCUGUUCUGGUCCUGUCUGAGCCAUGAGGCAGCCCAGUUAACUAUGAAGGUACCAUGUAAGUAUUUUGGGAACCAGUCAGAGUAGACUCUCUGGUGUUUCUUUUCCUGCAUGUGUUGAUAACAGCCUUCACUCCUUAAAAAAAAGAAAAAGAAAAAGAAAAA